CGGCGACUCGUCAGUCGACUCUUCUCGCUGCCGGGACGUGAAACGCCCGCCCGUUCAUGUCGCGUUUAGUGCCCGAUUGCUAUUCUUCUGCGCCGCUGUUCGAAGACUUCAGCACCAUGUAUUCGGAUUUUUCCUACUCGCCCUCCAUUGAGUCCAAGCUGUUUGUGGCGCUCGAGGGGCUCAACUCGGGGGUGCCGACCAGGACGACGGCCACCCUGACGCCGACCACCCUGAGAAAUAUUGAGCAGACUUUCCUGGAGCUGCAACCCCAACACACAAACCACUCUGCCGGCUUUGUGCCCCCGGUGGUUCAUCACGCCAACCACACAAGCACAAUGAAUAGUGGUGGUGGCACCGUGUUCGUGAAUUCUGAGUUAGCCAAGGGCUGGCAGCAGCCGUCAGCGCCGUCCAGUCCAUCCCUCAGCAGCAGCCCAGCUCCAGCCACAACGACCAGAAGGAAUGUUGGUGGUAGGCGGCCAGUCAAGGACGACAAGUGUACUCCUGAGGAGGAAGCAAGGAGAAGCGUCAGACGAGAGAGAAACAAACUGGCAGCUGCCCGUUGCCGCAAACGAAGACUCGACCACACAAACGAGCUGGUUGAAGAAACAGAAGGUCUCGAAGCAAAGAAACAGGCGAUGCAAGCUGAAAUCCAGCAACUGCAGCGUGACAAAGAGGAGCUCGAGUUCCUGCUGGAAGCGCACAGACCGUGUUGUCGACUGCAGCAGCAAGACUUGAAAAGACCACCUCCUCGCCUGGUGCCCCGACGACCUUCCACUCUCGCCGUGGCGCCUGCCUUCAAGAACGAAGCCGGCGUCAACAUCUGCACCCCCUCCACAGGCCUUAACUUUGACAGUUUGAUGGCUGGUGGCACUGGCCUCACACCAGUCGCCACCUGUGCCAGUCAGACCCGAGAAGCUGGAAGCCCCGAGGCCAGUGGCGGGGGCGGACAAAAGCUUGUGGCCCUUUGAUGGGGCGAGUGAAACCUACUGCUGAACCAGCAGGUGCUAGUCGGACUUCUUGAGUUCUCCACCUCUUUUUCACUUUUGUAAUAUUAAGAUGAUAUGAUAAAAAUAUUUUCUAAAGAUACGAUUGUAUAAUGGAUUAUGCAAUUGAUUGUACUUUUGAUACUCAAGUAAAUUGAAUGCCUAAAAAACCAUAAAA